AUGAAGACCCAGCACCACCACCAAAACCAAAAGAAACUGGGUCGUCGUAAGGAUGAGAAAGUAGACAAGCUAGUAGUAGAUCAGUUGCCUACUGAUCUAGAGGUGGAGAUACUGGCUAGAUUGCCGGCAAAGUCUCUGAUGAAGGUCCAAUGCGUGUCCAAGAUGUGGUCUUCCAUAAUCCGAAGCCAGAGAUUCGUCGAUUCCUUCUACGCUUUGUCCUCGACGCGAUCGCGUUUCACAGUCACUUUCUGUAACGCCGACGCCGAGCGAUUGUUCAUCUAUUCAUCUUCCUUCGAGGAGGAAGAGAGAUCUUUGGUUGCCAAGCUACAAAUGACAAUACCUUCUGUGGACUUGAUCUACGGCUUCAAGAGUCCUUCCGUCCACGGCUUUCUCGGUUGUUGUAGUGGCGAUCAGUUCAUUGUAUGUAACCCUACCACGAGGCAAGUCAUUAGCUUGCCCAUUAAAACAGCCCGCGCAUCCUUGGGAUAUGAUCCUGUUGGUCGUCAAUUCAAAGCCUUGAACCUGGUGUCUCCUCCUGACCUCUUUCCUGCUUUUCUUGUGCACGAGGCUAUAACAUUUGAAGGAGGAGGAGGAAGAGUAUCACGCAAACAGGUUACCUCCGCUCCUUAUUACCCUGUAACCGAUGGACUUUACAUCAAUGGUUCCAUCUAUUAUGCUGCUUGGGCCCGUAGCCAAAAAAGGGAUCCGGUGGUUGUGUGUUUUGAUGUUAGAUCCGACAACAUCAGUUUUAUCAAAGCCCCUUGGGAAGUUGUGGCUUGCGACUCUGAUUCAAUAUUGAUUGAUUACCGAGGUAAGUUGGCUUCGAUUAUAGUAGACGCCUAUUCUCCUUUCCAAAUUUUUGGUUUAUGGAUACUUGAGGAUGCCUUGAAACAUGAAUGGUCCAACCAAACCUUUGAGCUUCCCUUCCCUUUACUCAAUAUGACUUCCCCGGGCACCAACAAGGCUGGUGAUAUCAUUUUUGCCCCAACAUAUCUCCCACCCGUUGCUACUUUCUUCUUCCUUUACUACUACAAUGUAGAAAAUCAACUCAUCAGAAGCGUUAGGCUCCACGGUGUUGCAGACGAUGAAGACUUUCAGCGCCGAUAUGGACUCCUAGAUUAUUGUUACGUCAAUAUCUCACCCGAACAUGUUGAAAGUAUUGCCUCUUUGUAA